AUGAGUGUGGAAUGGUAUUCUGCGUAUCACGGGGAGGUCACGCCGGGCGAUCGCACCAACCGGCGCCUGCACUUUGCCGGCACCACGGCCGGUCUGGCGGCUCUGACCGCGGCCGUCGUCCUCAAGAACCCCCUCUUCAUUCUGGGCGGCAUCAUCACUUCCUAUGCCUUUGCCUGGGUUGGCCACUUCUUCUUCGAGAAGAACAAGCCCGCGACCUUCAAGCACCCGAUGUGGUCGCUCAUGGGGGACUUCCGCAUGUACUGGGAGCUCCUGACCGGGAAGAUCCCCCUUUAA